AUGCAGAAGCACUACAGCGUGCACUACACCAAGAGAGCCCACACUGCCACAGAGCCCUACUGCCCGGAUGCAGAGUUAGGGCACCAAAAAGGAUGCUGUCACCAGUGGCGCCAGGACCCAGCGGCCACUCGAGCCCAUGGGCCCUGUCGGCCAUCCCCUCAGUCACACUGGCAGCAGGCCUACUACAGCCAUCGAGGCUGUGGCAGUCGCUGGCACCGGGGCCCCAAGGUCCCCGUCCUACAGCAGCAGAAGCAGCGGCAGCCCCAGCCUCCACCUCCCAGCCCCGUGCGGCAGCGGCUCAGCCUGGUUCACAGGGCCCAGAAGGGGCCAACCCCAACUGCUGCUGCCCCCACGGGACCAGCCAGCGCCCCCCAGCCAUCCCCCAUGCCCUCCAUCUCACCCACCACAGCACCUGCCACGGCCAGCAGCGGCCCCACCCUGCGCUCCACAGCCCGCACCCUCCUGGAGCCCAGCGAGCCCACAAGUGCCCGGCCCCUGCCGGCCCCGGCAGCCUGCGGCUCCUUCACCUCCUACGGCUCCGACAUCCUGACAGAGGAUGACGUCUACUGCAGCUGCCUGGCCAAGACUCUCUGCCACGUGCCCGUCCCUGUGACUGUGGGUUUCUAUGCCCCCUUUGGCUGCCGACUGCACAUGAUGCUGGACAAGAUCACUAUGCUCAUGCAGCAGGAGGCGUCGCAGCGGGAGCUGGAGGAGCUGCAGCACGUGCAGUGGCGGCCUCGGCAGGUGCGUGGCUGGGGUUACCCGCAGCUGCUGUGGUACCUGGUGUUCCUGCAGCCCAUCAUCACCGAGGUGCACCUGCGGCGCAAGAACGUGGAAUUCCUCUUCAUCCGCUUCAGCGCCUGGCAGUACGCGGGCACAGACAAGCUGUGGGCAGGCCUGGUGACCACGCUCUGCGAGGGCAUCCGCCACCACUAUGGUGCGCUGCCCUUCAGUGUGUACUCCGUGCUGGGCAACAAGCCGGCCACGUCGCCAGGUGUCUGCCAGCGUGAGUGGCACUGCCGGCUCCGUGUGUGCCUGGCGCUGCUGGCGCUGCUGGCGGCGCUGGCCCUCGGCAUUGGUCUGCUCUACUUGUCCCUGGGGGGCCUCAACCACACGGCCCCUGGCGGCAGCUUGCUGAAGGUAUUUGGUGGCGCGGCCACCACGCUAUCAGGCUCGGGGCUGCUCAUGGCCGUGUACUCGGUGGGCAAGCACCUGUUCGUAAGCCAGCGCAAGAAGAUCGAGAGGCUGGUGACCCGUGAGAAGUUCGGCAGCCAGCUGGGCUUCAUGUGUGAGGUGAAGAAGGAGGUGGAGCUGCUCACCGACUUCCUGUGCUUUCUGGAAAUCUACCAGCGGCGCCGGCUGCGGGUGGUGCUUGAGGUCACGGGGCUGGACACGUGCUACCCCGAGCGCGUGGUGGGCGUGCUCAACGCCAUCAACACGCUCCUGUCCGACAGCCAUGCACCUUUCAUCUUUAUCCUGGUCGUGGACCCUAGCAUCCUGGCCGCAUGCCUUGAGAGCGCUGGCAACAUGAAGGGCACGGCGGACAACGGCUACCUCUUCCUCAACCGCACCGUCACGCUGCCCUUCUCCGUGCCCAUCAUGGGCCGACGCACCAAGCUGCAGUUCCUGCACGAUGCUGUGCAGAGCCGCGAUGACCUGCUCUUCCGCGAGAUUACUCGCAAGCUGCGGCAGGCUGAGUGCCAGGCCGGCGAGGGCGUGCAGCUCCUGGCGGUGGAGACGCAGGCGGAGGCGGAGCGCAUGCAGGGCCGCAUCGACGCGGAGGCGUCACGUCGCAUCCAGGAGGCACUCUUCUGCCUACACGACGAGCACGACUGCCUGUAUGAGUUUGUGCCCGACAACGUGGUGUCUAUGCGGCGCAUUGUUAACACGGUGCCCAUCACCGUGCGCCUGCUGCAGCAACAGCAGCAGACUAACUUCGUGGGCCCCACACCGCGCCAGGCUGUGGCGUGGGUCGUGCUGGCCAACCAGUGGCCCUGCCGCCUCAGCUGGGUGCUGCAGUGCCUGGAGGACAGGCAGCAGGCAGGGGGUGAGCCCGAGGCUGGCGCGCGCCUCUGGGACGUUUUCUGUGACAACAGCCGAGAACUUCACAGCAUGACCAAGGCAUUGCAGAAUGUGCUGGACCUGGACGGUGAUCCCGAGCUCUUUGAACGCUUCCUGGGCUCUGAUUUCCCCUUCACUGUGGCGGAGGCUCAGUGCCUGCUGCGCUGCACUGUCAACCUGGACCAUUCCAUCCGCCGCCGCAUGGGGCUUAUCCGCGCGGUCAGUGCACUCAAGCCGCCCAGCCCACCCAAAUCCCCAGCCCGAGAUGUGCCUUCUGCUGCUCACCGAGCCACUAAUGCUGCAGGGGCAUCCCCGAGGGGCCAUGUGGCACAGCACACCAGUGAAACCCACCAUCCCCUGGACUGGGCCCACGGGGGUAAGCCAAGGUUGGCAGCCUGA